AAGAAGCUGUUGCUCAGCAAGUAACGCUCCGCAGGUAGAGUAAUUCCAUCACACAGCACGGCAACACGCUUACUGCCGAGCGCUUCAAUUGGGGGCAUCAUGAGACAUGCUCGAAGCCUCCCUACUUCGCGGGGCGCAGUGAGCAGUGAGUCCGGACGGCCUGGUCUACGCAAUCAAUGCGCCGCAAUGGAUGUAUACUGACUCGCCUCAGCCUUGAGAGGGCCUUUAGGUAGCAGCAAGGCUCGCUGGGCCGUCCUACGAUCGGAUGGCGUUUAUCAAUAUAGCAGUAAACGCGCCAUAUUUCAAGCACCACGCGAUACCCGCAAACGUCACGUUAGCACCAGAAACUGGCGACCAUGUUCGCUGUCCAUCCGCUUCGACGAAGGACGAUGAUUUGUACACAUCCUGUCAGAUGUCCGAUAUACCCGCCGUCGCGCUACAAGAAACUCACAACUUCGUAGAGUUGCUCGAGGCUGCAUCCACUGCUGCCGACAGGGCGCAGACAUUGGCGGGACACAAGACUUCUCGCGCCAUGGCUACACAAAAGGGGAAGAGGAAAUGGACUUCAGAUGCUCCGGGGAUGUGCGAGGACGGUGCAGAAGCUGGAUUCAAGCGCGCUCGGGUGCAAGGAACACCGGAUAUUGCGCGUGGCAAUCAAGGGCCCCAAGUCAACCCAGGUCUCGAGACGCCAGCAGACAAUACGACUCCUUGCGCUCCAAAUAAUCCUGCAAUCCAUUCGGCGGCGGCACUUUUCCGACGACCUUCAGAAAGGAACACUCGCAAACACACGCGCUUACCAAUGUCUAAGCUCUUCAUGUCGCUGCAGCUCUCACCCGAAAGCUUCCUCCAUCUCCAAGCCGAGGCCAAAUCAUACAUGCUUAAUCCGGCACAUCCGGAGCGGCAAAAUUGCGUGGGCAACAGAGGGAAAGGCGAUACGGACAUAGUCAAGCUGCGAUUGUUCAACUGCGUGCGGGAGUUUCUGGACGGAGGUGCCGGGGAACGAUACUUUGGGGAAACCGCAGCCAGUAAGAGACAACGUGAGGGAGAUCCACGAGAAGCUGCUAGAGCGUUAGGAGAAGGCGAGCUACUUGCAGACAACGACCUGGUAUGGCCGACAGAUGGAAACAAGCUUGUGAGCCUUGUCACACCCCUCCUUCGUCGAAUGGUAACAAAUGAGCGACAACGCGUAUACGCCAUCGAAACGCGCAAAGGGGUUCCGAGGGGCAAGGAGGGCAGUCUGGAAGCCGCUGAAAAAGCCGGACUCGCUAUGCAACAACAAGCUCCACCUGGAUUCACGAAGCUGCCUACUUCACCCAAAGGCUCGAACACGACGAAUUUGAGCAUAGCAUCAUCAUUGCCGUUUUCGCACUCCAUUGUCGACCUCUCAUCGAGUGACCAUAGCGUUUCACCGCAGAAUACUAGCGAGGCACCUCACAUAAAACACAUCAACAUCUUCUUAAAACGGGAGGAGCGCAUCAUAGGCUCGCUUCGACUGCACCAUACAGCCGAAGCACCUUUGUUCUCGUUAUUCUGGUCCGAUCUUUUGGACUGCAUUGGCCAUCUAAUGGCGCAAUACACAUACAAACGUCCAACGAAAAACCCAGUGUGUAAAAGCAGGCUCGACAUAGGACCCGAUACUCUUCGUGGGCUUGCUGUCGCUGCGAACAAUGUUCAGCUCAAUGAUUCGAGCAACGAAGCUACCUUCAUGGAUAUGGUCUCGCGACCAAGCAACAUUGUAGCAGAUGCAUCGGACAGAGCCGUGUCCGGCACAGACGAUUGUCCACAUGUUUGUGCUACACCGAGGCCUGAAGCUGAAAACAUGGAAACAGCGUCAUUCCAGGUCAACGACCACGAGGGUUUGCAUCCCUAUCGCCUCGAAGCAAUGCGAUCAGCAGGCCGCGCGGUCAUCAAGAAUGACAGCGACUGGGAGACUCUGAAACUAGAUAUUGCCUUUGCAGAUUGGGCGGAUCGGACGCUUAAUGUUGUUGCGAUUUUGUGCAGUGCCUUGUCGAACACAUGAGCACCCUAUGCUACCCUAGAGGAGGAGUAAAGCAGGAUCCAAGCUUUCAGACUAAUAAUGGGAGUUUGCCAUCUUACAGGGGACAGGUGCAACGCUCCGUGGUUCGAUCAUGAGUCAUAUUCUUUCCUCUUGGCAUCUAAUGCCAUAAUGUAUCCGUCGUUAUGGGCUACCCGAUAUGCGGGGUGCACUGCAACAGGGAUCAUCUCGAAUGCUUUAUCUUGUUUCGCCCCUUACGAGAUGUCAAAGUUGUCCCACCAGCAUGACUUGUCAACUAAAUAGCCAUUUUCGUCAAGCUGAACACCCUCGGCGGCGAGAAGCUCCCUCUUCGACGUCUGAUUCUGUCCGCUGGGCACCUUCUCCCA